UCCUCACAACUUCACCAUACUAGCUAACUGAUCAUUCAUCCAUUCCCUGGCCUUCUCCCCCAUCUCUUCUUCCCUAAUAUAACCAAAUUAUCAACAAGCUUACAGUAAACGUCAGCAAUGGCCAUCGGCAACUGUCUCGUCGUCUUCACCAUCACCCUUCUUUCAUUAGCUUCUUCCCCUGUUCUCGCCACCGAUGGCAAGCCUUCAGGAUUACUGCGUCGCCGAUAAGAGUGGAGUGCCGAUGAAUGGGUUCGCUUGCAAGCCACCAGAAUCAAUCCCGGGGCUCAACACCCAAGGCGUGUCCAUGGUCCGCCUCGACUUCGCCCCCGGUGGAGUGAACGCGCCCCACAUCCACCCGAGGGCGAGUGAGCUGCUCAUCGUCAUGGAAGGCACCCUCGAGGUCGGGUUCGUCACCACACUGCCGGAGACCAAGCUCAUCACCAAGGUCCUGCAAGCGGGGGAAGCGUUCGUGUUUCCCCAGGCGCUGACGCACUACCAGAGGAACGUCGGCAAGGAGGCAGCCGUCGGGAUCGCGGCGCUCGACAGCCAGAACCCUGGGACCCAGCCGGUGGUUGCGGCGGUGUUGGGUUCGUGUCCCAAGAUUCCGGUCGAGGUUGUGGCCAAGGCGCUUCAGGCUGAUGACAGUGUGGCCACUCAGCUCCAGUCUAAGUUCAAAUGA